ACAUGUAAGCCGCAUAAUCUAAUCUAAUAGAUAUUAAAAGGAAGUGUAUAUAAACAAAACGACAACACAGAAUUGGUUAAGCAUAAAGCAUAAAAUUUCUUUGCGCAUAUAUUAUUCGAUUAAACUUCUGUCGUCCGUCGAAGAGAAACUUAAUGCGACUUGCGCUUUUCAAUCAGUAAGUGAUAUGAUUUCAAGUUUUUAUGAAAGAAUUGUGGGUACGUGUUCUACAACGGAACCGAACCAGCCAAAAAUCCUUUGCGUCGGGUUAACCUGUAUAGAUAUCAUACAAACCUGCUGGCAAUAUCCCGCGGAAGAUUCUGAUCAAGGAACUCUAGACUAUAGAUGGCAAAGAGGAGGCAACACGUCAAAUAGUUGCACGGUACUUUCUCAGUUAGGAAGUCUAUGUGAAUUUUUUGGUAACCUGAGCGCAGAAGAACAUUUAAGUUUCUUGCAAAAUGAUAUGAGAAAACAUAACAUUGACUUUUCUCAUUGUCCUAUAGUAGAAAAUAUUGGAUGUCCAACAUCUAUUGUCAUUUUGAGUUUAAGUUCUGGUUCUCGUACAAUUCUACAUCAUAAUCAAAAUUUACCAGAAUUAACAUUAAAAAAUUUUGAGCAGUUGCAUUUAGAAGAUUAUAGCUGGAUUCAUUUUGAAGGCAGAAAUUUGAACGAGGUUUUAUCUAUGAUGCAAUGCGUCGAGAACUAUAAUAACAUGUUAAAUUAUAGCCAAGACUCUAAUAAUAAGGAAGCAGGCAUAAGUCAGAUACCGAUUACAGUUAGUGUAGAAUUAGAAUGUCCUAAACAAGAACUUUUAGAUUUAUUACCUUAUGUUGAUGUAGCAUUUAUAUCAAAGGACUUUGCUCGAAGUAGAGGAUACGAUAAUAUGAGUGAAACAUUGAAAAACAUAAGCGAGGAUGCCAAGUCUGGAGCAACCCUCAUUUGUGCUUGGGGUGAUCGGGGUGCUAUGGCAAGAACUCCAGAUAAUAUUAUAGUACAAUCUCCUGCAUUUCCACCACAAAAGGUUGUGGAUACUUUGGGUGCCGGUGACACUUUCAAUGCAGCGGUGCUGCAUUUUCUAAAUAAUGCAAAAUUAGAGUUCUUUAAGACAAGGACAUCAGAAGUAGACGAAGCGAAUAGUACAUUCCAAAAAAAUGUUGCAAAGAAUUAUAACAUUGAAAGUUUAGAAUGUAGCCAUACAGAAUUUAUCACGCCAAACGUGUUGCAGUCAGCUAUAACAUUUGCCUGCCAAAUAGCUGGAGCUAAAGUUGGUAUAAGAGGUUACGAUAAGUUAGAUGAAAUUUUCAAGGAUACAUUAAGAAGGUAGUUAAAGUGUAACAUUAAAUUAGGCUAUAUGUAUAUAAAUAUUUCAUAACAUCAGAUUGUGAUUAGAGGAAGGGGAUGUUGACAGGAAUUUUCCGAGAUUUUUUAGAAAAUUAUAUCCACAAUGACUUUACACAUAUUUACAGUGUAAACUGAAUUACAGUAAUUAAUUUUAUUUUUGCAUCAAUGUUGUUUGUAUGCUUAUUGAUUGGAAUAAAAUUUAACUUUAACAAGGAACAGAA